AUGGCCGAAGCUCAAGCUGUCAACGCUGCAAUCAUUUCUGGAACUGUUAUUGCCAAAGAGAUACGAGAUUCGCUGGCUAAACAGGUUACCGAAAUGCAGAAUAAUUUCAACGGAUUUAGACCCGCGUUAGCAGUGAUUCAAGUUGGAGGUCGGCAGGAUUCAAAUGUCUAUGUUCGUGAAGCUGAUAUCUUGAUUGUAGCUAACGGUAAACCGUACUACGAGUAUGUUGGAGGCGGAUGGAUCAAACGAGGAGUUGUUGUGAUCGAUUGCAGUAUCAAUGCUACCGAAGACGAAACGAAGAAAAAUAGUCAACGAUUGUUAGGAGAUGUGAACUACGAAGAGGCUAUCAAAGUGGCCAGUUACAUUACACCGGUUCCCGGCGGAGUUGGUCCGAUGACGGUGGCUAUGCUGAUGAAAAAUACCAUUCUGUCGGCUCAAAGAGCUGUGAACCAGUUGGCGCAGAAUAAAUGGAAUUUCACUGCGGAAUUUGUACGGCGCAGCGAAUACUGUUUGUAA